AUGGGCAAGAGGGCAAGAGGGCAAAAACGUAAAGAAACAGGCAAGAGCCAGACGCCGGCAAGCAAGGAACGGUGGAGCUGGGGCCUUGAACUGUUUGUUUUGAUUGUGAUUGCUGUUUUGGGUAAGUGCGGCAACUGGAUCAUUGUUCUCCACACCCACGCCACAAUCCACAAGCCACAAGCCACAAGUCACACACACAAUACGCGUGUCGUGCAUAGCGCUGUGAAUGCAGGGAUAUAA